UUUUUCUGUUCCAAAGGGGUCUGUCUAUCUGUAUAAUAGUUAUUUUUUAAUCCCAUUUAGUGCUGAUAAUUCUCAUUGUAAUUCUCCAAUGCUUCUUUCACCAUUUUCUCAUCGUCCAGCCUCAGCACGGCCCUAUCGCCGUAAUAAACUUGUUAAUCAAAACCAACAGCAACAACCUCAACAAUCCAAAACUCAAGAAGAAAUUAAACAACGCAGAAAUGUUCAAUCUUUACGUGCUGCUAGACGUUCAGAACCUUUUAUUUUAGGAAACUGUGAGGAUUUGGCUGAUGACGACUUUAAAUGGACAGACGUUGAUGGAUUUUAUGGAAGAAAAAAUUCUAUUCCGCUUCAUCAAUUAUUGGCCAAUGAUUUGGCACUUCUUAGAGGAAUUCAUGCGAAAAAUGAACAAUCCAAUGGAAACACACCACCCCCAGGAACAAUAAAACGUUUAAACAACAUUUCUCCUUCUAAUUCUGGAAUAGAUAAAAAUGAUGAUAAUCAAUUGGAAGAAAAUAAUGAUGAAAGUGAAGAUUUCUUAAAUUCUGGAAAAUUUAAGAAAAGACAAGAAUCUCGUUUUAAAAGAUCAUCUUUGGAAGAAAUUAAAAAAUCUUCUUCGGCCCCAAUGAGUUCUCCAACAAAAAGACGUUUAAAAAUGAUUAAAAAUAAAUUAUAUUCUUUAGAAGAUGAUCAAAAAGGAGUUAAAUCUAAAUUAAAUGAAAAUGAAGGUUUGGAUGACCAGAAUCAAUCUAAUUCUGAAAAUGAAAAAGUUAAAUUUAUGGAUUCUCUGGAUGAAUUGGAUAAGGAAAAAGAUGAAGCAAACGAUGAUGUUCGUCUACUUCGUCAAAUUUUAAAAUCUCGAAAGCAGCCAAUACAACAAUUCCGUCAUUUUAGUGUCGAUCAAGAUGGUCAAAGAAUUGUUGAUAGUGGAGUUAGAACAAUACGUUCAAAAAUCCAUCAAAAUCCCCCACAAAAUAAAGGGAGAAAUCCAAAAGCUAGACGGGCAACUUGUCCCGAAAUUUGGUUAAGUGAAGCAGAAGAUGAGGAAAGAUUAACUAUGAAUUGCGCAGUUAGACUUUUUGGGUGUAAUUCUCUUGCCUCAGCAGCAGAAGUAUCCCCACAAGAUGAUGGAGUUAUUAAAUAUUUUCUUUUAGAUAAUGAAGAUGUUCAACGUCUCUAUAGAACAGUUUCCUUUUUAUUAAAUGAACAUGAAGUUAAUAUGCAAAUUAUUCAAGGUUCACUGUUACCUCAAAGUCAAGAAAGGUUAUCUGAUUCAAUUGAAGAGUUUACUAUAUUGGCAGUUGUUUAUUCUGUUGAUAAUAGGGAAUCUUUUAUUCGCGCAGCACAAAUAUUAUACAGAAUUUAUGGUGAUAGAAAAAUAGCAAAAAGAGGAAAUAAAAAGAAAAUGAAAGAAAAUAUAUUUUUGCCCCUUAUUUUGAUUGCUAACAAAAGUGAUCUACAACGAAAAAGAAGAAUUAGUUCAAUUGAAGGUAAAAUGUUAGCAAAAAUAUAUAAAUGUCCAUUUGUUGAAAUGUCUGCACUUCUUUCUGCUAAUGUAGAUAUUUUGUGGAAUGAAGUAAUUCGGAAACUUUACAAAUAUGAAAGGAUUGUUGACAAUUUGAUUGUAGAAAAACAACAAAACCAGCAAAAAGAGGUUAAUCAAAUUAAUGAAUUAACAACUGGGCUAAUAAUUCGACCACCGGUUAAAUUAAAAAAAAACGAAACAAUUGAGCGAGCACGACUUUUAAAUAACCCGUAUCCAUAUGUUAAUCCUAUAUAUCAUUAA